AUGUCAUGGGAGCUUCCAGCCCUGACCCUUCUCUCCCUCAGCGCUGUCGGCUUCUGGGGGCUUGGUAGUCCCCAGCCCUUCCACCGCAAGGCUCUGUACAUCCUCGUCAGCGCCUCGGCCGUGCUCGUCGACCCUCGCCAGCUCGCUGCGCGCAUGUACGCCGGUGCCCACGACGCCAUUGUCAACUACCAGCUCGAUGCUUUGCUGGCCCAGCACUUCAAGAUGGCGCUCACCCUCGGAGCCGUGCUCUGGCUGCUUCACCGUGGAUGGCAGACUCUCUGGAAACCCGUGCCCGAACUCAUCAACAUCCUGGGCGUCGAUAUUCCCGAGCCUCCCGACGUCAGCCUCGCUGGCAUUCGAUCCGAUGCGGCCACGAUCAGCUGGACGCGCCCUACCAGCAAUCGACCCGUCCAGAAAUACUCCAUCCAAGUCAACGGGCCGAAUCAUUUCUACAACAUCCGCGUUGUUGCCGUGGGGCCGAAUAACUUCCAGGCUGGCAGUCCUCUCCUACGGCUGCGGACGUUUGGCAAGGAUGGGAGACCACUCUUGGGCAACUCGCGGUUGCCUACUAGCUUUACGGAUCCGGAUCACCCUCGAAUCAAUCCCGGCGACAAUGAAAGCGACGACUCCGACGACGCCCAAUUUCCCGUGCCUUCUGUCGAAGCUGCACCGGUGCUCGAUGGAAGCUCGACAAACGCUCGUGAGGCUAACGGCUCUGUGCCCGGGCAAAGGCGUAACACCAUCAACCGUCGCCACUCGCCAUCUGUUGCGAGCAUGGAUCAGCCUCACAUCAAGCUCCCGAUCCUGGAUGGUCCUGAACUGUCGUUGGACGAGUUGAACUGCAAGUUUGAAGGCAUUCGAAAGGAAAUUGAGGAUACGCUAGCCCUUUAUGCGAAAGACGAGGCCGAGUCGCUGCAGCAGGAAGAAGAGCUGAAAAGGGAAAAGGAGCGAAAGCGGCAGAUGCUAAAGGAGAAGGAGGAGCAGACAGCCCAGCUCAAGGCCAUGGUGCGAAUUACUAUGGAGCAGAUGCGAGCGGCAGAGAAAGAUCGUAUGAAGAAGGAACAGCAGCUACGGGACAGGGAAGCUAAGAAGUCCAAGGCCCGAGAUAACGUCUCCAAACUGGAUGCCGAGAUUCAGCGGAUGAAGAGAGAUCGGGAGGGAUUCGAGGCGCAGAAAGCCGCCUUGGCAGAGAAGAGGGACCUGGACGUGCGGAAGCUCGACCAGAUCAAUGCCGAGCUUUUGGAUAAAUGUGCCGAACUGGAGGCGGAGUUGAAAGACAAAGGAAAGCAGCUGCAGGAUCUCAAGGCGGCUCGAGAACAGCUUCCCGACGCGCAUGACGAGCAGUGGAAGGAAGAAGAUUUGAGGCUCAGGAGGGAGUGGGAGACACGGAGAAAGGAGCUGCACGCUCGCUGGGUGGCGGAGGCGAAGAGAGCCUACGAGCUUGAUCAACAAAUCCACCUGGUGACGAAGCAGCUGAGGAUCGAGCAGUCCAACCUCGAAUUCCUCAAUCAGGGCGCCGCUCCGAACCCUGCCGUUGACUUCGAAGUGUCCCCGUCCGCUCGGCCCAGGCCUCCGAGCCAGCACAGCGGCUCGGCGCCGAAUGCAACCUUGCCGUCGCCAAGCCCCGUCAUCCCCUCGGAACCUGGCUAUCAACCGACUGCUGGCUUCACCAGCGCUGGAUUUGGCCCGGCUCUCUUCAUGGACAUGGCCACCCACGGCCACGGCGAGGCCCAGACGGAAGCGGAGCUUAGGGAGGCCAACGGCCCGUUGAGCCCAUCUGCAGCUCGCUCCUUUCUCCCGUCGAAUAUCUUUGACGAGAUGGAGGAUCCCGAAUUGGACGCCGAACAUCACGCGCUACCUGAAUCUAUCCAGCCAGAUGACGAAGAUAUCCAAUCGCCGGCUUCCUCAAGCCCACCCUUCAAUGUGUUCGCAAGCCCUCAUGGGUCCUCUCAUAACCUACCAUUUCCGCAGUACACCGAGAAUCGCGAGAGGCGACCAUCAGGGUCUUCGCUGGGUAUUGCCAAUUCCACGACUUCUCCCGCAACGGGACACAGGCUGUCCAGCCUUUUGGCGGCGCUGCGCAACAGAGGCCCGAAGCCUGCGGAUGACCUGGGACCUGCACUUGGCACGCUCAAACCCGGACAGAGUCAGUCCUUUCCCCGGGGAACGGAUGAGCAAGAAGUCUUGGAAAACCGCAGGAAGAUCAACUUUUCUUCUUGGAUGAACCGCAAUUCCGCUGGACCGGGCGACUUCGCCGGAACGCCCUUCGCCUCAUCCCGACCUUUCUCGGCGCGUCGACUCAUUCCCUUUGGCAACAGUUCGAGCGGCGGUGCAUUUGCCGACAGGGACAUUGACGGCUCCAGGCCUCCGUCGAUCACAUCGGUCGACUUGCCGCGACCGUCUACGGAUAGCGGCUCUAUAUGGGGUGUCCAGGGGGAGCAAGGAGGUUUGCUCAACACCAAGAAUCGGCUGUGGUCGCCUGACAAUCGUUGGCCUUCUAGAAGCGGCUCUAGGCGUCCGUCGAUCCACGGGUCGCCGUCGAUCCUGACAACCACGUUGGCCUCUGCCGAAGAUGUCAUCCUCGACGAUGAUGAUCUCCUUGACCCCCAGACCUCCCCCAGUCAGAUUGGAGUCAUAGGCUCGCGCCCGCCGACGGCAUUGAAGUCGAUUAACCAGCGUCUCAAUCCUACGGCCCCGACCUUCAUGGGGAACUUCUUCCGCGGCGCUGACAGAGACAAGUCGAAGAGCAAGGACAAGGGCAAGGAUAAGAACAAGGAAGAAAAGGCCAAGGGUAGGGAGUCCUCAACGCCCGGCAUAGAGUUUCCUCACGGCCUGGACGACUUUCCAUCGGAGGCGCACAUGUCUCGAGACACCCAUUCCAUCCGCACGCAGGCCUCCAUUUCCGAGUCCCACGAUUCGCUGACACUUGACCCGACCGUAUCCAACACGCCAUCCGAUCUCAAUUCCAACGCCGACUCUGCUGCAAAGGACCAAGAUAACGUCGUCAUGAAGCUGUUCCGCAAGGGCAGCUCCAGCAAGUUUGGCCUGUCGACCAGGCUGAGCAAAGACUCGGGGCUGUUUAAGAAAGGACCCGGCAGUGCAACGAACUCUGACAGAAACAUGUCUGCGGAGCAUCGGUCCAGCAUCGGCGACAUUGAUGACCUAGGUGAGGACGCCUCUCAGCUUGGUCGGAGCUUUGACAGCCUGGCAAGCAGCCCUUCACUUGGUCCCUCCAAGUCGAGAGAGUCCAGGGAGAGUCGGAUGAGCGGAUGGCGCUUCUCGAUGAAGAAGAAGGGCAAAGAUGCCGCCAAGGAGAAGGAAGCCACUGAGGCUGAUCGAUAUGCCGAGGAGGAGUGA